AUGCAAUCCAUCCUGGCCAUUGUGUACUUGCUGUGCUACUUGGUCACGAUGGUUGAAGGACUUAGCCGGUACCAUACUACGCCCCCGAGCGACGUUAUCAUCGUCCAUGAUAGACAAUCCCUCAACGAUCUGGUCAAGGUCAACCCGGAAACAAUUCUUCAUUCCGAGAACGGAGGAUACUACCUCAAGAACAUGGAAGAAGAGGUCGUUGCUAUCACUGCCGACGACUUGUGCGAAGAGCUUGACGCUGCUUUUGCGAGCAUUGAUGCCGGUGUUAUCGGCGAUGACUCUGGACCCGAGGAUCUAGAUUCCGAGUCUCUCGGAGGGGCAAAUAUUACGAAGAGACUCUCUUGUUAUCCCCAUUGUGUGCAUAACUCCUGCAGCCAUCCUCGUUGCUUCAACUCUGCAACUUGUCUGACUUACACAAGUUGUCAUGUGUGCUCCACGAGUAGCCGGAAACUUUGUAUAUAG